AUGUCGGCAGACGAGGCUUCGGAUCACCUGAUGUUAUGGACACCGCUCAACAUUAUACUAUUCAACCUGGUGUUCUCGGAUUUCUCAGUGUCAGUGCUAGGGAAUCCAUUCACACUUAUAUCAGCACUCUUCCAUCGAUGGAUCUUCGGGAAGACCAUGUGUGUUCUUUACGGUUUUUUCAUGGCUUUAUUAGUAUCACGUCACACAUCUUCAGUUGCUGCUCCUCCAACAUCACAACGGCGAACGGAAUUCUCCAACAUCACAGAGAGAUUCCUGAAGGUGGAAGAGAAGACGAUUUCAAAUCAAUUGGAAGAAUUUACAAAUAUCAAAUGCGCAGAUCUUGCAAGCAUUUGA